CUCUCGCAGGGAAUCGGGGCCCCCAGGGUGACGGUGGGCGCCUGGACCAGCCCUGGCCUCCGAUCCCUACUCCAAAGCCUGGGAGGGAUUUUCCUGCCUUCGGGAAUGGCACAGCCCAGGAGCAAGCAGGAUGAGGGGCUGCCGGGCGCUGUGCUGGAUGCGUACGUGCAGGAGGUGCUGCGGAGCCACCAGCCCCUGGUCAUCUUCCUGGAGGAGCCGCCGGGUUCGCUGCAGCUCUCGGAUCCCGCCCGGCGCUGGCUGCUCCGUGUGCUGCGGGCGCUGCGGGACGGAGCCGUGCCCGACGUCCACAUCGUGCCGGUGGGAAUCGCCUACGACGUGGCUCCCGGCAGAGUGGGGAGGGAUGGAGCGCCCCCUCAGCCCCUCGGGAUCGCCGCGUGUCUCCGGGCAGCGUUCCAGGCCCUGCGCCGGCACCGUGGCUGUGCCCGGGUGGAUUUCUGCCAGCCCUUCUCCUUACGGGAAUUUGUGGAGAGCAACCUCGUCGGGCCGAUGCUCACCAGGAAUCGGCCGGAGCAGCUGCUGCUUCCCACCAUCCUUGGCACGUGUGCUCCAGAUGUCGGGAAUGUGGGGACUUUGGGUCCUGGUGUGGGGACUGAAGAGGAGAUUUUGGUGACGGCACUGGGGCUGCACGCACUGAGCGAUUCCAGCACCAGCUCUGCCAUCAUGGCUGUGGGAAUCACCGCGGCACUGCUGCUUCACAGGCACCGGGAGGCCAUGCUGCUGCCCUGGCUGAUGCGGGAUUUCUCGUGGCUGCUGGAGCAGCUCCUGCUGCGGGGCCGGGCCGUGGGGUUCUCCGGGCAGCUGCGGGUGCUGGUGCUGCACAGCCUGCGGCAGCUGCAGCCCCCCGGGGCCAGGCUGGGGCCCCCCGAGGCCUCGGCGCGGGGGUGGCUGGGGCGGCUGGCGGGGACCAUCCGGCACCGCCUGGGCGGGGAGGCGGCGGGGGCCUGUGCCAUCCGUGCCCUGCUGCUGGAGGUGCUGCCGAUCCUGGGGACCCCCUCCAACCCCGCUGCGAUCGUGCUGAGCCGGGAGGAGCUGCUCCGCAAGAUCCUGGAGGUGCUGCUGCUGCUGCCCCCCACCCUGCUGGGGCUGCAGCCCUGCCAGCCCCCCGACCGCCACAGCCUGGACAUCCUGGACAAGCUCAUCCUUGGGGGGCUGCUGGAGGAGGAGGAGGUGGGUGUCACCCCGGGAGCCCUCCUGGGACACUGA